AUGAAACCAAUCGCCAUCCUAGCUGCCCUCGGCAGUCUUCAAGCAAUCGUUGCUCAAGUGAUCCCCGGCAAAAUGAUAUGGGUCGAUAAGGCGACGUGUGACCCUUGGGCAAAGUCCCAAGGCUUUCCGUCUGCUGCUGGAUCUGGUGGCCUCUUUACUACCGCCUACGACAUCCUUGAUAAGAUGGUUAUUGCCAGUUCGUAUCGUGUAUACCAUCCUACCACUCAGUCGCCGACGACGCUCCCUGCCAAUGUUCUCGCUUGGGAGAGAUACCGACUCAAUUCAACCUACACUGCUUUUUGGGGCAAUAAUACAGCGACAACUUCGAAUCUGGGUGGGCCCUUGGGCGUUUGGAACAUAGCAACCAAUGCUGUAUGGGGACCUGGCACUGAAACCCCAUUUCUCAUGGUGGUCUGCGAUGAUGCCCCGUAUAUAUCCAAGAACAGUAGCAGCGGCAAAUAUCUUUACACGGACCCUUACUACCAUCUCCCAGUUGAGCUCACCGGCAAAAGGAUUGGCACUGAUGGAACCACUAGGCCAUGUGCGUUAAACGGCGAGUCGGGAUACAGCUACGAUAAUAACGUAAAGUUUUACCAAAACAUCAUAUUCUGUACAAAGAACUUCAAGUUGCCACUGGGCUUUACAAGCAAAGGACCUACUUCAUUUGCUAGUGGUACAACGCUUGAUACGGCAGGCAAGAGUUGGCUCGGCGCCUUUUACACACAAGUCUUGCGGAAUACCGGUACUGUUGGAAUAUUCGGAGAUUAUGAUCUGUCAUUUGGCUACGCUGCGUCACACGCCAUGAGGUUCGAGCGCGACUCUGUAUACAAUCCUGAUUCUCACAAGUUCUUUUCCAUCGCCCACUUGUUUGACAAUCUGUUCUGGGCUUCUGGCGUUGGCCAGACGUCACAGCAAGAAUAUGCGAGCUUGCAGAAGACUGCUGCCGGCAAGGCACUCAUUGCUGCCUUUGGCCUCACGAACAUAGCAGUGCCAGCUAGAGGUGUCAAUUGGGCAGCCGCAGCUGGAUGGGUACCACCGUCUACGAUGAACUCCGACUCUCCCUUGGUACCCCCAAUUCCGUCCCAUUAA